AUGUCUUCAAGUAUCAUAAGCAGGAGUGGCAUUGGUCUGAAUGGUUUAUACCUCAGUAUGCCGAUGCUAUUGGGUUCACUUUCUACUAUCAACACACCAAUUGGCAUUAUACGACGUAAAAGGAUCACACAUACUGGCACUGGAAGUCGCAUUACUAACACACACACUGAUGGUCAAAGGUGUAAAAGUGACACAAAUAUAUACCUUCGACCUUGUAAGUCGAAUGACGUGAACCGUAUCUGCAGGUGGUAUUCAUCAGAAAGUUUGGAGUUGAGAAAGAAGAGAUUGCUAUUCAGGGCAAUGAAUACGGGCAUGAAGGAACUGGACUUGAUACUGCCUGAAUUCAUCAGACUGAACCCUGACUUCAUUGACGCUAAUCUCAGUGAAUUUGAGUCGUUUCUGGAUAUGGAAACGUGCACAAUAUAUGACAUUUUAAUGGGAAAAGUAGACUACAAUGAAGGAAAUGAAGUUGUUUACCACAUCAAGUCAUUUGUAACAAGUAAAUAUAAAUAA